AUGAUCAUUUUCAAUAAAUUAGUAUCAAAAAUACUAAACAAAUACAUAGAAUACGAUGACUAAGCUUAUAAAUUGCCAGAAGGUUUUACUAAUACUUUCUUAAUUUUAUCCUCUUUCUUAAACUUAUCUUACAUAUAUUAUAAGAAUCAUUCAUCUUGGUUAUACAUUUUAGCUUUAGUAGCAAGACCUUCAAUAAUAAUUCAAAUACCUUACUUUUAUAUUAUUGGUAUAUUAUUUAUGCUACUUCACUUAUUUUAUUUAGUAAAAUCAAAUCUCAUUGGAAGAAGCAUUAUUAGUUUAAUAAAUUCUUUGAUGAAUGUGGGAUUAUUGAAUUUCGUUAUUGAGUAAUUUGAUAAUAUUUAAGGAUACAUCAUUGGUGCAAUUAUAAUAAGCUUUUAGGUUUUUGAUAUCUUAUGUGUUUAAGGAACAUUGAAUAUAGAAACAAAAAACUUUUAGAGAACAGAAAUUACAUUUUUUUAUGUAAUUAAGUCAAUUUUAAACAUUUUGCUUAUGCUUUUUUAUAAAUUACAAUAUGAGAUUAGAAUUCUUCAAAUUAUAGCUAUGAUAAAUUCUGUAGCAUCAAGUUUAGAUUUAAUAUUGAUUAAAAAUUAAAGAAAUUCCAUUAUUAGAUUAGUAAUGAUCUCAGUUUAACUAAUAACAUUAUAUGCUGGAAUAAUUUAAUUUAUUCAAUAUGAGAAUUCUUUCACAAUAAUAAUUAUUCCAUUUUUGUUUAAAAUAUUAACAACAAUCAAGUUAUCUGAUUAUGUAUUUUGUGAGGAUUAAAUUAUUAAUGCCUCUAUAUUAUUAUAAUAAAGAAAAUUUUAUGAGUGUUUUUUAAUAUUAAAUAAACUAAAGGAUGAAUAAUUUAUAAGAUAGGUAAAAAGGAAUAUUCUUUUAAAGAAAUGCGUAGAUUAGAUAAAUUUUGAUUUUCAAUUAACAACUCAAGCUGAAAGAUUGUUUGGUGUUGCUUAAAAACUUAUUAAGAAUGAUGUAAAAAAUAUAAAAAUAUCGAAUAAUAUAAAAAAAAUAUUAUAACGGAAAAUAAAAUUAUUAUAAAAUUGGAAGAACAAUGAAUUUUAAUAACUAUAUGUUUAUAUAAAAUCAUUACUUAAGUUAAAAAAAGAAAUAGAUAACUAUUAUUUAGAAGAGCCUAAUGGUAUGGUUUAAGCAUUAAUUUGUUUUUUUUAUGCUGAAAUUUUAAAUGAUUUACUUGAAGCAAAUGAUAUGAUAAUUCAUGCUAAAAAAAGUAGUGAGUUAUGUUAUAAUGAAUAUGUUACAAAUAGACAUAUGUUUUAUAUUAUAACUAAAUAUGAUAAUUAACAAUUAUAAAUUAGUAAAAUAUCAAGUAAUACACCAUCUUAUGUUUGUAAUAAAUCAUUACCUGAAUUAAUUCCAAAUGGUAUAAAGGAAUGGCAUGAUAAAAUAGUGAAUGAUUUUAUUAGAACUGGUAAAUCUAAAUUUAUUAGACAACAAAAUGAAAAUUAUAUAAAUCAUGGUCAAUUUAUUGAUUCUAUAGAUUUUGCAAUUGAUAUAUCAUAUUCUGAUGAAUUAAAUUUUAUUUGUCUCUUAACUCCUAUACCAUAAUAGAAUAUGACUAUAAUUGUAAAUGAAAAAUAUAUUAUAACAAAUAUAACAAAUAAAAUUAGUUAAGCAAAUAAAUAUUAAGACAUUUUUGUUAAAGGCAUGCAAAUCACUCAAAUAUUUCCUGAAAUAUUAGAUAUAAAAAGUAGUUGUUAAUUAGAAAAUAUAUUAAUAAAUUAGUAUAAAUAAAAAUCUUUAAUAGAAGAUCUAUAAGAAGAAAUUUCAUAUUAUUGUAGUUUAAAUAUUGUCCUAAAGACAUUUGAAAAUAAAAUGAUAUACAUGAUUAUUUAAUUGGAAAAUUUAUCAAUAAUUUAUUAGAAUAAUUUAACUUCUACUAAGAAAGAAACAAAGACACAUUAAUCAAAAUCUAGUAAAGAACUUAGCAUUGCUGAAGAAGGAGAUCUUAUAUCACCUGCGAAUAAUUUAAUUGAUGAAGAAGUUAAAGGAACUUAGAAUGUUCAAAAUAAAUUAAUUAAUCAUGAAACUAUUUAAAAUGUUUUUCCUAUUGAUACUUUGUAAUUUUAGAUUACUACACCCAAAUGUGAACCAGAAAAUCUAUUAAUUGUUAAAGAUUAAAAGGAGAGCAAGAGAUAAUCAAUUUAAUCACUUCCAAUUUUAGAGAAUGAUUAAAAAAAUAAAAAAGGAAUUGAAUAAAAAAAAGAUUAAAUAUUUGAUAGGGAAGAUUAAUCUUAAGUAUCAUCAAUUAGAAUGUUGAGAAAUUCUAAAUUUUAUAGAAAAUAUGAUCUUUAUAAUAAAUUUAAUAAACAUUUACCAUUGAGAAGAUUUCAUCAAUUAAUCAUUUUACUUUUUAUAUUAAGUGUGAUUUUGUAGGGAUGUUUUAUCUUAAUUGUAAUUAUUUGAAUAAUUAUUAGCAUUUAACAAGUUUGAAUUUGGUAGCUUUUGCUGUUGAUAUUAAUUUAUUGGAAAUAAAGAAUUUGUUUUUUCAGCCUUUAGAUAUGUUUUUAGUUACAAGAUGGAAUUUAUGGACUUAUAAUUUUUAAAAAACUAAUGGAAUUAUUUCUUAAGCAGAAUAUAAUUCUGUAUCGAAAUUUGCAACUUCUAAUUUAGUUUUAGGAUUUGAUUCACUCAAUUCAAAUUUGAAAUCUGUUUUAAAUCGAUAAGAAUUAUAGAGUUUGCUUUAAACAAAAUAUAUAGAAUCUUAUGCUUAUUUAGAUACUUAUAAAUCAGAAUAAUAUAAUAUGACUCUUAGAACUGCCAUUUCUGUUUUAUUAAAUUUUUAAUACAUUUUAAAAAUGAAUUAUAUUUAUGAAAAAACUGUAAAAGCAGAUAGUCCUUAAAUAUUUUAUAGUUUUAUGAAUUAUCCAAUUUUGAGAGACAUUAUGACUCAAUUAAAUUAAGAUAUUUUGACAUAAACUUUAAAUAGAGGAGAAAACUUUGAAGGAGAACUAAAAACAUUAUUUAUAUUAGAGUAAGUAUUAUUAAUUCUAAUAAUAUUGUUAAAUUGUAAUGUAAAGUUUUUUAUAAAUAAAAGACUGAUGUUAUUUUUAUAAUUAAGUUAAUAUACAGAUAAUGAUGCUAUAUAGACUGAAAUAUAAAAAUGUAAAUAAUUAUUGGAUUAAUUGCUGGCUGAUAAUUCAUAUAAAUUUAAUUAUGCUUUAGAGAUGGAUGAAAAAGAGGAUUAAUUUUUAAAAGAGAAAUUGGAUAAAGGAUAAAGAAUUUCUAAAUAUCAAAAAAAAAAAAAAAUACCAAUAUAUAGAUUUUUGUUUUUGUCAAUAAUACUAUACGGAAUAGUCACUCUGAAUAGUGUUAUAAAUUUUAUAGAGUUCUAAGGAUAUCUUAAAGAUUAUCCUUAUACAUCAUAAUAUAAAAAAUAACUUGGUGAUUUAGGUGGUGAUAUUCCAUUGAUGUUUGCUUAAAGAGAAGUACUUUAUGGUAGAAAAAACUACAUGUAUUUAGAUGCUGCUUAUUUUAAUAAAAUGUGGUUUUAUGUAAAUGAAUCAUUAGCUAAUACUAUAAAAUAUACUUCUUAAGAUUUUGAUUUUUCAAAGUAAUAAAUAUUUAUAUUUUUUAUAGGAUGUUAGUGACUGAUUCAUUUGCCCAAUUUUAUGAGGAUGUUUAAGAUGGAAAUCUAUGCACAUUCUUACCUGAAUAUUUGAUAGAGAAAUCUAAAGAUUUAUGUCCUAAUAUAAUGAAUUAGAAUAUGAGACAUGGAUUAAAAGCUAUGUUGAUUUAUAUUUAAAAUUUAAUUGAAGUUGAUAUGGCAAUUAAUAAUUUUACAUAUAGAGCAGUUCCAACAUAAAAUGAAUUAGAGGGAGCAUUCAUGAUCUCAGAAGUUAUUAAUGUAAUUAAUUCUUACUUUUAUAACGAUUUAAUUCAAUUAACUACUGAUUUAGUUGAUUAACAAAAGGUAAUUCAUUUUAAUUAAUAAUAAUAGAUAUUUAAUAUUAUGUAUCUACUUCUUUUAAUCUUUAUAAUGAUAAUUAUGCUAACUUACUUUAGAAAUUCUAUUUAUGAGAAUAGUUAAAUUAUUAUACAUUUUGUUUACCUAGUCCCUUCUUAAACUUUAUUUGCAGACGACACUUUUGAAAGAACUAUGAGAACACUUUUAAAUUUAUGA